AUGGAUGUUUUUCUGAAUCGAAGCGAAAGUAGACAAAAGCCUUCUACGACGGAAAUGGAGGUUCCGUGGGUUGAGAAAUAUCGUCCUCGUAAAGUCGAUGAAGUUGUUUUUCAAAAUGAAGUCGUUUCUGUCCUUAAAAAAGUGAUCGAGGGUGCUGAUUUACCGAAUUUAUUAUUUUAUGGCCCUCCUGGAACAGGUAAAACGUCAGCAGCAAUCGCAUUAUGUCGGCAAUUAUUUCGCAAUAAAGAAACGUAUCAGGACAGAGUACUGGAAAUGAAUGCUUCUGAUGAGCGAGGUAUUAACAUUGUUCGUCACAAGAUAAAAGAAUUUUCUCAACGUGCUGUCUCAUCUCGUUUACCUGAUGGAAGCCCUGUUAUUGCAGAUGCGAUGACAGCACCUGCUCAAGCAGCUUUGCGACGAACAAUGGAAAAGGAGUCUCGUACUACUCGUUUCUUCCUUAUUUGUAAUUAUAUUACAAGAAUAAUAGAUCCACUAACUUCACGAUGUGCUAAAUUCCGUUUCAAAUCGUUGUCCUCAGAAAGUCAAAAAACAAGGCUUGAGUGGAUUUGCGAACAAGAAAAUGUCGAAUUCGAUUCAUCUGCAAUAAAUCUGUUGAUUGAUUUGUGUGGUGGUGAUAUGAGGAAAAGUGUAACAGCACUGCAGACAGUAUCAUCAUGUCGAAAAAAAUUGGUCUCCGAAGACAUGCAAAAUUUUCUUGGUGCGGUGCCAGAUGAUGUUGUAAAGCAGUUUUUUGAUGCUUGCAAGUCGCUUUCUUAUGACAAACUAUAUUCAUGUGUGGAAGCUAUUAAGCGAGAAGGAUAUGGUGUAUAUUAUCUGAUAACACAAUGUUUCUACAUUUGUUUGCGACACGAAGACCUCACUGAUUUGAAUAAAGCUACCAUAUCUGAGAAAAUUGGAGUGAGUUUCCUUCCACAUUUCGCAUUCAUUGAGUUCCCUUUUUAUCAAACUUUUAAAAAUACCACUGGUUAUUUCUAUAUUAAUGGUCAGGAAUAUGAAUUGCGUAUUUUGGAUGGUGCAAACGAGUUCCUCCAACUUUUGGAUUUUGGUAUGGUCAUAAUGGAGCAAUUUAAGUUGGUAUUUUGAAG